AUGCACUGUGGCAGUCUGGACGACACGGCGACUCGCUUAGCGUCUAAUGUUGAGCCUUUACUGGCCGAAGUGCGCGCUCAUUUACUACAGAAGGAACCAGAUCGUGCGCGUGCAACUUUCUUGCGUCUGACUGAGCUCGAAUCGCGUCGCAAAACAUAUUUAGAGGCGACGUUGCGUGACUUCUACGCUGCUGGAUUGUUCGACAUUCCUGUGUUGCUCACAUUCCUUGAAGUACUUCCGAACUGGCAUUGGACAUUAGAUGGAUGUGCUGUGUUACACAGUGUGAACUCUGCUUUACGGGAGCCUAGUAAUGGUGCUGGAGGUGGCGGUAAUGCGUUGAGAGCCCUUGAAGCGAGACAGCUCAAGGUUCCACAGUUACCAUUAGCAUUUUUUUUGCUUAAGCUUAUGAGUCAUUUGGAAGGUAGUGCUCGUGUACGAGCUGAAAGUUAUUGGUAUGCAUGGGUGAAUCCAACGCUGCGUGCAGUAGCAAGCGGACAGUCUUUGGAACUUAAGAUUCUUUCGAGAACAGGACGUAGUGAAUACCGACAGGGUGAUUCGAGCAAGGAAGAAAUGAUGUACGCAGCUGGCAAUGCUGGGACGUUUGAUAAUGACCGACGCAACGCCUUAUGUUGGGUUGGAGAUCGUAGCGAGACGGAUGGAGCUGUGUGGCCGAAUGAUAAAGAUCGUACAAAAGCUCAAUGGCGAUUAAUUCCGUCUGAUGUCCAUACAGACACGUUUUUGAUUCAAAAUGUACGAUGGGACGAAUAUCUGUACGCUGCGGAUUAUGCUAAAUUUAAAAAAGAUGCACGAGGCAAGUCAAGAAGUCGCGUAUUUACAUGGCGAAAACAGAAUGAACCACCUGGACCGGCUGGAAAGUGGCAACUUGUAGCUUUAAGUGUCGAAGAAAGAGAUAUUUUUGCACUAUAUAAUCCGUACCAACGGGAAUUUUUGUACGCACCGACUGCCGAAAUGUUGGACAGUAAGAGACGUCAUGUACUGACUCGAGCGGCACCUGAUGGAGCUCGUGAAGCCUCAAGUACAGAGGGUGGAGCCAUGUGGUGUGCGUGGCGUAUCACUCCAGCUCAACAAUCGUCGAUGGAGCGAGGUGUCGAGGCAUUCUUUGCCAGAAAAUACCCAGUGGCAGUGGAAGAAUUGACAAAAGCACUGGACGAAUUGCCUGAUAAUACCGAACAUGUGAAGUGUUUUGCGUACCGUAUGACAGCAAAUCUGCGUUUAAGUCGCUUUGAUCUUGUUGCACCUGAUUUUCGGGCUAUUCAGAAACUUGGUGGUGACAAAGCAGCAAUUUUUCAUGGUUUGGCACAUUUAUGGGAGGAAAAUGCAAGCUACUUGGCGGCAAUGGCAACGUUAUCACCAGAACUACAAAUUCAGGCAAUGGAAAUUACGACUUCGCAUGAAAAUCCGUUUUAUAUGCGCCAUCAAUUAUCCAAAGGUGACGAUUAUUUUGUCCGACGAGACUUUCAAGCUGCAAUUGUGUGUUACCAGGAGGCUGCAACGUGUAGUUUAACGUCUUGUGUAUCCGAUCAUGGCAGUAAAGAAGAUUCGGAGACAAUAAGGCAGCGUGUUCGUGCCUAUGUUUCGUGUGCCAAGUGUUUUUUUGCACUUGACGAAAGUGAUAAUGCGUGGCAAUAUUUGAGUAUAGCACAUGAUAUCAUUGGCGUAUCGGUUGAAAGCGAGGCUGCGAUUUAUCUCUGGAAAGGCAAAUGUCGUCGAGCUCAAAAAAUGUACGACGAAGCACUGGAACUUCUUGAAAAAGCAUUUGAUCGAGCAAGUGCAGCAUCAGUAGCCUCAGUGUGUUUGCCGACUACACCUAUAUCGGCGGCGGUGCUGAAGCGUAGUAUUUUAAUGGAAAUGAAGGUUGUUGGACUUUUGCGUCAGGGCAUUUAUGAUACAUUGCUUUCAUCAGACAAACUUUGCAACGCAAUUGAUAUUGUCGAUUCGAAGGAUGAAAAUGGAGUGAUUACCGGUGGAGAAACUGACAAAACGCUGACUCAAAUGAUGGAGCUUUUUCACUGUCCGCUGAGCUUGGAGCUGAUGGAUGACCCAGUGACGACACCCGAUGGCAAUUCGUACGAACGCUCACUGAUUGAACAACACCUUGAAGUGAAUGGCUGUUUCGACCCUUUGACCCGAACGCCUCUCACCAAGUCACAACUUCAUCCAAAUCGUGCUUUAAAGCAGCUGAUGGAGACAUUGCUUAGCAACCAUCGGCUUGGAUUGUUGCUCGCAUCAUGUUCGACUUAA